AUGUGGGCGGCGGGCGCGCAGCAGCCGCGGCGGGCGGGCCUGGCGCUGGCGGCGGCGGCGGCGGCGGUGCUGGCCGUGGCCCUGGCGGCUUGGCGGCGGCGGCGUCCCCCCGUACGCGAGGUGCUCUUCUUCCCCUCACGGCCCAGCUGCACCGAAGCGUUGCUGGCCGAGGCGGCGGGGCUCCGAACGACGGCCCGGCCCUGCCCUUGCCCGCUGCCGCGGGUCGACAGCUCCCUCAGCCGCCUCCUGCGCCAUCUUCUCUCCGCCCGCCGCUCCCUCGAGAUCUGCCUCUUCGCCUUCUCCAGCCCGCAGCUGGGCCGCGCCGUCCAGCUCCUUCACCGCCGCGGCGUCCGCGUCCGCGUCGUCACCGACGCGCAGUACAUGGGGCUCCCGGGCUCCCAGAUCGGCCUCCUCCGGCACGCCGGGAUCCAGGUGCGCCACGACCAGGAGGACGGUUACAUGCACCACAAGUUUGCUGUCGUGGACAGGAGGAUGCUCAUCACAGGCUCCCUCAACUGGACGACCCAAGCUAUCCAGAACAACCGGGAGAACGUGCUGGUCGUGGAGGACGCCGAGUACGUGAAGCCUUUUCUGGAUGAGUUUGAAAGGAUUUGGGAAGAGUACAAUCCCAUCAACUACAGGUUUUUUUCUAAAGACGACAAAUGAUUAAGCUGCCUCACAGGGCUGGUGGAGUACUCAACAGAUAGCAUUCAUGGACUUUAUUAUUAUGUAUAGACAUCACUCUAUUAUCCAUCUGGGUGUAAUUUAGGUAAGCUCCUCCAGAGAAGCAAAGUGCUCUCUACCCUAAAGUGCCGCAGGUUCCUUGCUGUGGGUCGUUCCCGUGCUGGAGGGAAUGACCCAGCUGUUCAGUGAGUCAUUUUGUGAGGAUAGCUGUGAUAGGACUGCAUUCAUAGAGCUUAAAACCAUGGUCAGGCUCGUUGCCGUGCCCUGGCGCAGACAAGGUGUGUUCAUAUGGUGCUGGGUAGGUGUUUCAACGGUGAAAUGGACAUUUUCCAACUUGGGAUAUUGUAGAAUGGAAUUGUAGCCCAUUGGUUCCCCUAUGUCAGUAACUCUAAAGAAGAGUUAAGAGGGCUGCAGCAAAGCUAGAGUUUGGAUAGAGACAUUAAGCACCUUAGUUAUGUUUCUUGUUGGCAUUAACUGUUGGAAGUUUGUAAAAGGAAAUUUGUGGCAAAUAUGAAGGCAGAAAUUAGAAAUAUGUUUUGAUUGUGUACACUUUUCCUUUGGUUUAAGAUUAGCAGAGCUCCAGCAUAAAAGCAUGAGCAGAUACUAAUGACAGCUCAUCUUCCAGCAAGCAAGUGUAGGGAAAUCUGGAAAGAAAUGGGAGAAACAGUUCUUAGGGAUCAGUUGGUCUUGUCUUGAGAGCAGACAUGGCUGGAGUUUGGUCACCGACUUCGGAGUGGAGCAGUGGAGGGAAACCCCGAUUCAUUCAGGUGGCGGGACGUCGUGUCCUGGUCUGGUCCGGUGACUUUGGCCGCCUGUGUUGGCAGCAGCAGGGUGGGGGACAGUGAGUGAAGAGGGAGGAAGGUAAGAAAGAUCUCUGUCCCUACAGCUCAGGGUGGAACACAGAUGGCUGUAAACCUAAGAAUUUCAAAACUCUGAAUAGCGUCCGUGUAAGAAUUACUUUAUACCAAAUACAAAGUGCCUUAAAAUCUCUCAAAAUUAAAAAAGGUCUUAACAUUUUGUUACCAGUUUUGCUUGAUACAGUAGUGCUGUGACUGGCACUAUUAAAUAAACUACUUUCACAGAAAAGCUC